AUGUCUCUCACUUCAACACCCAGGGUUCAGAUUGGAAGCCAGCAUGCUGGUACCGGCCUUCAUAGGAGAUCUGGAAGGUCUCGUAACAAUACCUCGUCAUACACGGUCGAAAUCUUUGCAAUGUCAACUGAUCAGAUGGAUCCGCUGAUUUUGGGUGUCGUCAAUCAACAGACGAGACAGAUGUCAAGCUCGAUCCUGUUUGCUCAGCUUGAUACCAUUGCGGCUCUCUUUCAGCAACAUGGGACGCCCAUCCACGUGCCGAUAUCCUCUAUCGAGAGUACUGAUCUGGCCUUUGUUGGAGGUCAAUUCGAGCGACACAGAUAA